AAAAGCUGUAAAUUUAGCAGUGCUGUACUUUGUGACAGCACCAGUUUUCUCAGCACAAGAACUGCAGUGGUUAAAAAUAUUAUUAUAAAUGUGCUGGCACUAUUUUUGUAAAUCCUGUACAGUUAAUGAUCUGUACAGCUCUGUUUAUGAUAUUUGUUAUAUCCUACCAUUUGUUUAAAAGAAAAAAAAAAAAGUUUCCUCAUUUCACUAAUGAUGGAUGUUUCAAGUUUAAUACUAAACAUCCAGAAGCUUGUCCUGCCUAUCAGGAUGAAAAUUGGGGUUUUCAUUCAAAACAGGGUCAGGAGAGUAAACAGACAGUUUUCUAGGGAAAAGAACAUAUCCCUUUGUGCAUUAUAUGUUUAAAUACAUUAGGAGUGGUAGCCUGAAGGUAGGAGUAGAAGCUCCAUGUAGGAGCUUCUUGUAUAUUUACAGUACUGAAUCCAACAAAGCUGAAGGAAACUAAUCGCUCUGACCUGUUUUUCUGGGAAUACAAGGUCUCAGAAUGAAAUCUACCAUUCCUCUGGAGAGAAGAUCCAUGCACUUGGCAAAGAAAGCAAGUUGGUGCCAAAUUCUUAUCUUCUGACUUUGUUAUAAUAAAAGUUCAUAUGGCACUUUUAGAAGUUAAGAGUUCUGCUUAAUCCAGAAUACAAUUUUGCUUAAAGCAAUGAAUUACAUUUUAGGACAGGGUGUUUCCAAAGAAUAAUUGUCACUCCAACAAUCUGCAGCAGGCACCUUUGCAAUCCUGCUGCUGUGAGCAAAUGUGCAGUAUGAUUCAAAAUCAAAAAGAUUUGGUACAGUUACAGUUCACCAGCUAAAAGCCUAUUUCCUUGACUCCUCUGUGUUGAUUUUUCCCCCCCAAAACCAAACCAUAACCUAAACAAAACCCUAAAGCAGUAACAAGCAAAUGACGUUGAGUUUUUAAUCUGGCAGAUGUAUCCCAGUGGGAGGAUUCAGCUGCAAUGCCUGCGUGGUGGCACUGCACUCCUUGGCUGUUUGUUACAGCCUCAGACGAUGGGCAACCGAGAGCUCCUCUCCGAGGUGUCAGGCACAAUGAUGUCAUAUUUUGCAGUGGAACAAACAGAACACGGUAUGGAUGGAAUACUGCAGAGCUUGCAGACAUCUUUCCAGAAAUGUUUAUGCCUUAAUCUGCUGGAAUUCACCAUAAAAUGGCUUGUAAAGGCAGUAUGCUAUCUAAGCAGCCUCUCCAGUUCUAGGAAACAGAUACAAAACAACUGCUCCUAGAAUGGAAAAAAAGGGUAAGAGGAAACUUUGAAGCAAAGGUUUAGAAGACAAGAUUCUGCUUGCUGUUGAGACUCUUUUUAUUAAAAAACUGAAUAUUCAUUUUAAAUGGCAAAAAAUUUAAAGCUGGAAUAAUACCCCAGACUUUCUAAUGUGUUUGGAUCUUUUCUACUUACAAAAAUAUUUUCAUCAUGAGCUGUGGGAAGGAUUUUGUGGACACUCUUAAAAAAAUUGGAUAUCCAAAGGCUGAUGAGCUUAAUGGAGAAGAUUUUGACUGGAUGUUUGAGUCUUCAGAAGACAAUUCAUUUUUGGAGUGGUUUUGUAGAAACAUAAAUGGGCAGCAUGUGGUAUCUGAAGAAGAACUGCAGGAUUUUGAUAAUCUUCUCCAGUGUGGUAAACCUGUUUUGGAAGGAAAUGCACUGGAUGAAGUCCUUAAAACCUUGGAGCCCAUGGGUUCAACGAACAGUAGCCAAGAGGAGGACAGGGAAGAAGUGGAGAAAUUAGAGGAUGAGCUUCAAGAUCUUGAGAAGUUAAAAAAUCUUCAAAUUCAUCGGCAUAAUAAGCUUCAACUGUUUGUUGCUACAAACAGCCACUUGUUACAAACAUUCCAAAGCAGAGAGGAAGAAGCACUGAAGGAUUGGAAAGAAGGACUGGAAGUGUUUACUGCGGCAAAUAAUAAGCUUGACAAUGAACUGCAGUCUCUUAUAGCUGCAGUGAAGGAAUUUGCCUCUUUUUUCACUGCUUCAGAUUCAGAACAAGGGUCGGAUACACAUCCAGUGUUUUUUUCCCUACUUUCUUUGGACAAAUACUUGUCUGUGGAAGAACAAAACACUGCAGCACUUACAUCACACAUAAAAAAGCUUUUAUAUGAAGGUAUGUCUAAAUGCACUGAAAACUCACAUGAAGGCAGCUUUCAACUUGAAGAUUUAAUCAAGCAAGUCCCCUUUGAUGAGCCUAAUGAUUUUUGUGAAGAGAGGCAAGAGAUAGCCAGGCUCCAGGCAGCAUAUAUUUGUGGUCAGAACCAGCUAAUUCAGCUGCAAGCUGAAGAGGAGGGCAUGAAUUCAGCUAUCCAGUGUGCAGAGAGCCUGCUGCAGUCCUUGGACAUGGAUAUUGGACAGCAGGAGAACAUUGAUGCUAAAAUAUCUAGUUUAAGUGCUGAAAUUUCAGCAAUUAAACAAGACAUAGCUCGGAUAAACAACGAAGAGCUGCUUCCCCUUCUUAAGAAGAAAGCACAACUUUUGACUGCACCAGUGGUGAAAGAAUACUUGGAUCACCUAAUUGCUCGGCAGGACUGUUGUGCUGCGAUUCAAGAUAAAAUAGGCAGGCAUUUGAUAAGACAGAAAACAUCGUUUGAACUUAUUCAGCUGGCCUGUGAAAUGGAGCUGAAGAAACACCAGGAGAUCAGCUGCCAGCUUGAGAAUUUGGUAGAAUCUCUGGAAAAAAGCACUGAUGAGUUACAGCAAAGACUACAGUUGAUAGCUGAACGAACAGAACAAGAAAAGCCAAGGAGCACUAUUAGUUCAGAGGAUGGUUUAUCUUGCAGGCUGUAUCAGCUUCUGGAAGGAGGAAGUAAAAAACAACAAUUGUUUAAAACAUACAAAAGCCUGGAGCAGAUGGCUCAGAAGUUAAAGCAGGACUGUGCUAGAGUAGAAGAUCAGCUGGCAGCAUCUGCUCAGGAGCAGUCUCUCCUUUUGUCCAGCCUAGAAGGGGAUGUGGAUGCCCUUCGUGGUGCUCUCUAUGAUGGAACAAAUCAGAUACAGCUCCGGAGUCCGGAACUUAGUGAGCAGUUUCACCAACUGGAAGUGGAUUUAGGUGAACUAAAUCGUCUCCUUAAGGAUCUGGUUGCUGACCUGAAGUCGAAGAGAAGCCUUUUAGAGUCCAAUAGGCUGCUUCAGAUGGAAAGAGACUUGUAUGUGUAUUUUUUCAAUGAUGAAGAGCAGUUGAAAGAGAUGGUAGAAAAGAUUGAGCAGCAGUCUCAGGUUAAAGCCAGUGGUCUUCAGAACCAGUGCAGUUCUUAAUGUCUAAAGAGCAACAUACUCAUAAGAAAGGAAAAUGUCAAUGUAAACUGUCUAUGAAUUUAUGGAAUAAACUGUCAAGGCUGACACUUGGAACAAGAUGUAAUGUGCUCAUAGUGAAGAGGAGAGUUCUCAAAGGCAGCAGAUAUUCCAUUCUUGUUUCCCUUACAGUUCUUCUAAGAAGACUUGGUUUUGUUUCUAAGAAGACUUUGUUAGAAAUGUGUUGGAAUAUGUAUCAGAAUCUGUUUUAACUACCAAGACCAUCUGUUUUAAGACCAUUCUAAUAUCUCUUAAUUUAACUUAUGGCCUGUCUUCUCCAUUGAAGCCAGUCUAUAUUUAUCGUGGCUUGUCAGUGAACAAGAAUUUAAAAUUUAUCUUUUGUACUUCUGAGUUUGCCUUAUAAUUUAUAAUGAUAGGCAUUUCAAUUCAGAGUGCUGAUGCUUUCAUACUUGUGCUUUCAUUUUCAUUGUUAGCCCAUUUAUCAAUUUUUUAUAUAGCUUCCUAAUAUACCAGUGGAACUAAAUAGGCUUUUAUAGUAUGGUAACUUCCAGUCUUUUAUAUUUUGAUGGGAUCAGCUGUGCUUGCUUUCAAGCACUGUACAUAUCGAUGGUGGUUAGUAUAUUUGUUUAAAUUCAGUAACAGUAGUCUUAAAACUAUUUUGAUGACACACUUUGAACUUCUAUGUGAUUAUAACUUAUUUUUAAAUGUGUAAUUUUUUUAGCUUACUGGUUGGAUAUCUUUAUGUCUGGAUUUCAUGCUGCUUAACUCUAUACUUUGUGUAUAUUAUUAAAUGCCAAACUCCAUCAA